AUGCCAAGAAUUUCAAGUAAGAUAACUAUUGGAGAGCGGGUUAGUUUAAUGUCAUCAGUAUUGCUGAAGGAGGUAAUACUACAAUACUUACAAUAUCGUGGUAGUAACUGGAAGAACAAACGUUUGUAUGGUAAAGUUAUUGGAGGAUAUGAAAAACCAAACGAUAAAGAAUUACCACCAAAUAUUGAAUUACCAAUAGUCUCUACGGAAUUGUUUGAUGAUAGUGACAGCAGUAUAGAAGAGAAUGAUGAUGAUGUUAAUGAAGAAAAUAAUAAUAUAAGUCAAUCAAGUGGUCCUUCUACUACA